UUUCCGUUUAAGGUAAAUUGGUUUAUCGGCCGAUUAGUAUGGAAGUUAAACAUGAGGAGAUGGUCACUGAUCGGAAUACUCUCAGCCUUUUUGACCUAAGUGCUGCGGUGGUCACCUCCGUUAUGGGGCACGUGGAAAGAGAAGUGUGGGCACUUCCAGGCCCUAUACUCCAGGGUAUCUUGCCAAUGCUUAACAUCUACUACCUGGAGCGAAUUGAGGAGACUGCAGUGAAAAAAGGAUUGUCAACUCAACCUAUAUGGUUCAAGCUCUGGUGUGACAUCAUGAAAACAAGACCAUCCAAGUUUCAGAGCAUUAAGUGCUGGAGAAAGAAGUUCCUUGAAGCUUUCUUCUCAAAUGUGCUGCGUGGGAUCUUGGACGUGUCUUCAGACCAGCGCCUGAGAGAUCCUUGCUUUUUGCCCUUGCUGUAUACCUCACAGCAUGUUACCCAGCUUACCAUCUACAACAUGCUUGAAGGAGUAGCAGAGCUGAUGGCCAAACACAACCAGGGGGUUCUAGAAAACUUGGUUGUCUCUCUCAGAUCCUUGACAUUCCGUCACUUGCUGUCCUCCAGUCAGUCCACGAGACAACAACUGAGUUUGCUUCUUCAUCACCUAAUUCAUCAUGGGGCUGUGAACCAUGUAUCUAUGAACUCCUGGCCUAAUCCUGACUCAUCACUUUUAGUCCUUAUUCUGAAAAUGAGUGCUGGGGUUUGGCACCCAGGAAAAACACUUGUAAACCAAGCAAGCCUUUGCCAUCUGUGCAGGAAGACAUCUGUUAACCAGAGCCAAAAGCUAGACCAAGAGCAUGAACCUCAUUUGAGCUCAAGCCAGCUUUCUCAUGGAUUAGCAACUGGCCAGCAUAGUGACAAAGAUCUGAGAAAUGAGAGACUGUUACCCAGCACACCACUAGGCUUUGAAAAUGCUGUAGAGCUGGCCAGAGCCAGCAGUGAGACUCUUAAUGUCUCAGUGGACUGUCACUUGAGCAAGAUGCAACAUAGCACAAGUUCAGGGAGUUGUAAUGCUGAAAAAGGAUCUGUCAGACUUUCACCAGCAAAAUCAUCUCAAAACAGCACUCCUUUAAAUGAAUGCCAGAAGAGGGGAAAGGGUGUAACAAAACAGAAGCUUGGCUGCCAUCAGAGGACCAGCAAAGCCACUACAGACUCAGAAGACCUUUAUGACUUUGUUUUUGCUGUUGCAAGGGAAGAAGAGAAAGCAUUGCUCAACAAACGAAAGAAUUCUAAGGAGGGAAGGACUGUUAACUAUUCUGCUUACCCCACAGAAGCCAGCACUACUGGUUUGGUUCACACAGAUAAACCUUUUGAGAUCACUUCCCUGAAAACAGCAAACCAUUUCCGAAGCGUGUCCAUUCUGGAAAUUGUCUCCAUCCGUCUGAACAGGAAUACAUGCCAGAUGCUGGGAAAUUUGCUCAGCUCUUGGGUAUCUUUAGAAAAGCUUGUUCUGUCCUUGAACGGCUUAGGUCCCAAUAUAUUCAGCAUUCUUUCUGGGCUCCGGGCUCUUUCUCGCCACAGUGACUACCAUCUCCACGUGGUACACAUAAGUGACACGCUCUCCCACGUCCCCUGCAUGAAUCUUGUCCACUCUAUUUUGAGUGCUAUUCCAUUGCUUCGAGUACUUAUGGUCAGCUUUGAUCUCAAAACUCUGAUGGAGUGGAGCAGGCCAGAAGAGAGCUUGGGCUCAUCAACUUUAGAAGAAGAAAUUCCAGAGAGCCAUCUGGAACAUCUUGAGGUCAGAUUUCCCAGGGAACCUCUUCAAACAAGCCUCUUGAUACCUGUACUGAAAGCCUCAAGGUCUCUUCAGAGCCUGUCUUUAGACAGUGCUGCAAUUUCUUGUCCCCAAGAGGUUGAACGUCUCCUUCAUGCACUGAAAGAAUAUAGCCCAGUCCUGAAGAGGCUAAGCUUUCAUGACAUCAAUCUUUCUCACCACUCAAAAGAUGUCCUCCUCUUACUGCAGGACCCCACCCUUCAAGAAAUCACCUUUUCAUUUUGUCGGCUGUUUGAAAACUGUACUGUGGAGUUUCUGUCUGAAAUCAUAAAUGCUGUGAAGAAGAACCCAUCUUUGAAGACUCUAAGGCUCCCUGGAAAUAGGCUUGGAAAUCACAGGUUGGUUGCACUGGCUGAUAUUUUUUCUGAAGAUUCAUCUGCUUCCAUUUGUCAUCUGGAUGUCAGUUCUAACUGCAUCAAACCUGAUGGGCUCCUGGAGUUUGCCAAGAAGCUGGAGAGGUACAUAGCACAACACAGAGAACAGAUCAAGUUCACCAAACUUUGCCUCUCUCAAAAUUGGUUGGACCAAGAUGCUGUAAUGGCUCAAGAGGCUCUUUGGCGGCUCAGAGCCAUAUGCAGUGUGGUUAGUGAUACAUGGGACUCCUCUCAAGCCUUUGCCGACUAUGUUAGUGUGAUGUAACAAGUACACCGGGUGCUCUUUUAUAAUAAAAUUUUAUUUU